AAUGAUGGAACAGUGGACUCCUGUGUUAUUGGAUAAUGGUAAACAUGCUAUAAAUGGUUGCAAUAUAGUGUUGCAGCAUACAGAAACAAAUGAAAUUGGAUAUAUAGAAAACACAAUAGAAAACAGAGAAAUGUUUGGAGUAAUUGAACCAGAAGAAAUUGGUCAUUUCAAUGUAGCUGAAACAUCUGAGGACGGAGUAUCAAAAGAGAUUUGCAAAAUUGAAUGGGGAGACGAAACCAAACUAUUAUUAGAUUUGAAUUAUGAAUAUCUACCUCAAGUGGGUCCUAUGAAGAAAUUUAAAUCGAAGAAAAAAAUGUGGGAACAAAUAUCAGAAGACAUUCAAAAUAAAUUAAAACUGAUUCGAACAGCUUUACAAUGUGAAACUAGAUUCAAAACGAUUAAAAGGCGAAAGAAUUGUUUCGAAACAAACAACAGACAGUCUGGGAAUAAUCCUAUUAAUAUUCCUUAUGAAGAUGAAUUUAAUAAAAUAAAAAGCAUCGACGAUAGUAUAGAACCAGAAAUAUUGGUAGAUGUCACACAUAAGGUUGUAAAUACAAAAGAACCGUUAUCACGGAAUGAGAUCUCAACAUUUAAAAAAGAAACGAUGGAAAAAUCUAAAGCUGUUGAAAGCGGAUCUAAAAGAAAAAGUGAUAAAAUCACAGAGACUCUAAUUAACAUACAUCAUGAGAAAGAAGCUGCCAGAGAAAGAAGACAUCGCGAAAAAAUGGAGAUGUUAGAAAAACUGAUAAAAAAACAAAAAACUUGUAACUGCGACAAAUAACUGUUUAGGCCUAUCUACACUUUG